CAUACUCAUGUUCUGAAUAAUUAUCAUAAUAUUAUCACGAUGAAUUCAUUGAUACAUUUGAUUUUCAUUUAUUCACCAUCAUGUUGUAUCUUCUUCUUCAUGAGAAUCUUUUGUUAUUCUAUUCGUUAGAUGGUUAUAUCAAUUUUUUCGAUUUCUGCGCAUUCCCAUUGAGAACCUGAUAACACAGGGUGAGUUCAGGGAGAGAAUCUCAAGAUCAACCUGUGGACUUGUAUUCACUGUUAACUCGACCUUUCUCAUGAACAGAACAACAAUCAAUCGGUAGUAGAGAGAAAAAAACUAACAGUUUAAGUUGAAACCGAGAAUUGAGUCUAUGUGAUUUUGUGAUUUACUUUUCUCUUUUCUAUCUCAGCAAAUGAAUAGUUUUCACUUUACUCGGCAAAUUAUCAUGAACGAAAUUUCUUGACAUUUUUUUACGAUAACAAUUUGAACAUUGUUAUAACUUCGAACCCUUUCAACUUUUUUCUUCUUCUUAUUCAUGAGAAAAGUUUUUCUUGUGAUUAUGUUCAUCUUACAAUCUCAACAUUGUUUGGAUUCUUGUGUCUCAGAUUGUUUCAUUUACCAUGAUGGUGAUUUUUCAAUGUCCGUGACUUUUGGUUAACGUUUUAUGUUCAUUCCCUCAAGAGAUAACCGUUGUCACCAUAUUCUUGAUUUUAUCCUUGAAUGAGUUUCGAUAUAUACUUUUGAUAAUAGAAAAAAAAAGUGAAACAUUGUCAAAGAGAAUCGAAAAGUCUAAAGGGAAAAUCCUGUUAACCGUUAUUUUCCUUUUUUUUCCUCUUGCUUUUCUCUUUCCAUGUUUUGAUAUCUUAAUCUUUUCCAUCAUCUUGUUUAUCUCUCAUCCAUCUACCAAAUUCUUCAUUCGAUUAUUUUUUUUCUUCUUCUUCUACUCUACCUCUUUGUCGUUCUCGCCUUGCCAAUGGAAUUCUGUUCACAAUGAAAAAUUCUUCCAACAUUGUGGUUCACCGAAACUCGGACAGUUUAUUGGUCACUCGAUACAUCAACAAUUCACAAUUCCCUUUAAGCUCAUCAGUUAAUUUGACAACUGAACCAACAGAAUCUUCUAGUUUACCCUCAUCUUCAUGGUUACACUCAUUCAUUCCUGAUGGAUAUGUUCCCGAAGAGAUUGAACCAAGAGAUAUGGUUACUCGAAUCAUCGGUGUAAUAAUCGGGUGUCUUAUUAUAGUUGGUACACUUUUCGGUAAUAUACUUGUCAUCAUGGUUGUUUAUAAAUAUCGUCGCAUGAAAUCAGUAACCAAUAUACUACUUGCCAGUCUGGCUUCAGCUGAUAUAACCGUCGCCAUUUUAGUUAUGCCCUUUUUAUUGGUCUAUGAUUAUCUACGAUUCUGGCCAUUCAGAUCAAUUCCGUGUCAUUUUUGGAUCUCCUGUGAUGUGAUGUGCUGUACAUCUUCAAUCCUCCAUCUAUGUGCCAUUGCACUAGACAGAUAUUGUGCCAUAACUAAUCCUCUUCGAUAUAAGACUUCAGUGAAUAGACGAAAUCUUUAUUGCAAUAUAAUCGUUAUUUGGAUAAGCAGUAUUACCAUUUCAUUUGUUCCAAUAUUCAGUGGUUGGUAUCAUGCUGGAACCAUUAACAAUAUCCUAACAUUUGACCAUCUCCCUGACUGUGAACUUAAGGUUAAUCGAAUCUAUGCCGUUCUAUCUUCUAGUAUUUCAUUUUAUGUUCCAUUGAUUGUUAUGCUUUAUGUUUACAUGAGAAUUUUGAUUAUCGCUGAGGAACAAUCUCGACAAAUUAAGCAGGUUGAAUAUACACUUAAGGAAAGUUCAUCCAUGGGUUCGACUGGAUAUUCAUCUAAUACAAGUGGAAGUCGUGAUUCUGGUGAUCUAUUUGAUUCGGGGAAACGUUUAAGGAGGAAAACUAAGCAGCUUCUCGUUGAGACAAAAGCGAUUCGUACACUUGGUAUUAUCAUGGGUGUUUUUUGUGCUUGUUGGCUUCCAUUUUUUAUUUAUUACCUUGUUGAAGCUUAUUGUGAUUCUUGUCAAACUCCUUAUGAGGUUAAAACGGGAAUUCAAUGGUUGGGUUAUCUUAAUUCAUCUCUUAAUCCAUUAAUAUAUGCUUUUUGUAAUCAGGAUUUUAAGAAUGCUUUUCGUCAAAUCCUUUUCAAUACACCAAGUUAUCUAAUCUCUUCGGAUACUUGUCAUGAUGAAACCAGUAGCUCAACAAAAUCUCACAUUCAGGGUAAUAGAUUUGAUAAAAAUUGUGAAGUUGUUGCUUUAAAAGAGAUCUCAGAUUAUCUAGUGGACCAAGUAACCAUUGGAUUAGCAGGUCGCAAAGUAGAUCAACAUUAAAUGACAGAUCGUCAACUCGAUUAUCGAUAAAGUUUUGAUUAAAUUUGUGACAAAUAAAAAACAACAACAAAAGUUGGAUUUGAGAAAAAACUUUUCACCAACUAAUCAAAUCUCAAUUUCUGUCAUUGAAACAAAAGCGAAUGUAUUAAUUUAUAAAUAAUUGUUAUGAUACUGUUAUGAUGACAAUCAUUUAAUGGACACAUUAUUUUACAUAAAACUGUAAAUCUUUUCUUGUGGUAAAUAUUAUACUUUGUAAAUCGAUUAAAAUUGUAAUCAUUGGAAAGAAAAUAAAUUUUAAAUCAUAUCG